UUGCUAGUCAUAGCUGGUCAUAGCAAUGGUUAGUAUAUGAUCGCUUUGAAGUUUCGUGAAACUCGGCACGACUGAGACCGGGUCAGUUUACCGCGAGAGAACUUUUUUUUUCUGAGCUUUGUUAAGUUCUUCGAAAGCAACUCGCACAUUCAAUAAUCGUGAGAAGUCGAGAAUGGGUCUGCUUUCCGAAGGAAGUCCUUUAAAUUGGGAAGAGACAAAGAAGCUAUCCGAUCACGUGCGCAAGCAUGGAGUUAUUCAAUUUAUUAACCUGUACAAGAGACUCAGAGACAGACAAGGAGAUGUUCUCAAGUGGGGUGACGAGGUAGAAUACAUGCUCAUUAAAUUUGAUGAUGAUGAAAAAACUGCCAAGCUAAGUUUAAGAGCUGUGGAAAUAUUAAAAAUCUUAAAUGAGAAAGAAACUGAAGAUCCAAAUAAUGUAAAAUCACUAUGGAGACCAGAAUAUGGCGCUUACAUGAUUGAAGGAACUCCAGGAAAACCAUAUGGAGGAUUAUUAGCACAUUUUAAUGUUGUGGAAGCUAAUAUGCGUUAUCGAAGGCAAGAGGCAACAAAAUUACUCCAGUCUAAUGAAGUCUUAAUGUCAUUAACUGUUUUUCCAAGAGUAGGAGCACCUGAUUUUACCGAUCCUCCUAGUCACCCGACACCCGACACUGGUGCCUCUAGAAGCUUAUUUUUUCCCGAUGAAGCUAUAUAUCCCGGUCAUCCACGUUUCAAAACAUUGACCAGGAACAUAAGAGAACGGCGUCAAGAGAAAGUCGCUAUCAAUAUUCCUAUUUCUAGAGAUAAAAAUGUGUCAUUGUUAUUCAAAGAGGAUUUUACUAACAAUGGAGACGAUGAGUCCUCUACAGCAGCGAAAGAUAAUCACAUCUACAUGGACGCAAUGGGUUUUGGUAUGGGAUGUUGUUGCUUGCAACUUACUUUUCAAGCAUGUAACAUACAAGAAGCAAGAACAUUAUAUGAUCAACUGACACCAUUAUGUCCAAUCAUGUUGGCUUUAACUGCGGCUAGUCCAUUUUAUCGAGGCUUUGUAAGUGACGUUGAUUGCCGAUGGAGCGUCAUAUCCUCGUCGGUAGAUUGUAGAACGCAGGAAGAACGUGGAUUGAAACCUCUUAAAGAAAACAAAUUUAGGAUCAGUAAGUCUAGGUACGAUUCUAUCGAUUCGUACCUUAGCGAACAGGGUGAAAAAUACAACGAUGUCCCUUUGACAUACGAUGAUGAGAUAUAUAAGCAACUUUUGGAUAAUGGGAUCGAUCAUUUACUCGCACAACACAUAGCCCAUUUGUUUAUCAGAGAUAGUGUUUCCUUGUUUUCGGAAAAAGUACAUCAAAACGACUUGGAAGAUACCGAUCACUUCGAGAACAUACAAUCUACAAAUUGGCAAACUAUGCGCUUUAAACCGCCACCACCAAAUUCUUCUAUUGGUUGGCGCGUAGAGUUCCGUCCAUGUGAAGUACAGAUCACGGACUUUGAAAAUGCCGCAAUAGUUUGUUUCACGGUACUUUUAACGAGAGUCAUCUUGAGCUACAAGUUGAAUCUUUUGAUCCCGAUCAGCAAGGUUGAUCAAAAUAUGGUCAGAGCGCAGAAAAGGGAUGCUGUCAAAGUAGAAAAAUUUUGGUUUCGUCGUGAUAUUACUUCAGAUAUGAAAUCUGACGAUGCUCAAUCGAAGUACACCGAAUUUACGAUUAAUGAAAUUAUUAAUGGAAAGGAUGGUAUUUUUCCUGGUCUUGUGCCGUUAGUAAACUCAUACCUCGCUAACAUGGAUGUAGAUGCUGACACACACUGCACUAUCCAAAGAUAUAUAAAAUUAAUACAGAAACGAGCUUCAGGAGAGCUUUUAACAACUGCAGCUUGGCUGAGGAAGGAAGUUACUUCGCAUCCUGAAUAUAAGCAUGAUGCUGUAAUAACACAGCGCAUCAAUUAUGACUUGCUAAAAAAGAUUCAUAGCAUUGUUUCCAAUGAUGUGUCGUGUCCAGAACUACUUGGGCAAUGCGUAUUGUCUAAAACUACGGAUACCAUACCUGCUGCUGUUGCAAAAGCAGAAAAAUGUUCAACAGCAAAUUGUUAACGAUUUGGAAGCAUUUCAGAUAAAUUGGUAAAUAUAUCUUUUAUAAUAUUAUUAUACAUUUAAUACCAUUAAUCUUAAUUGGAUAAGUACACUCUUGUGUAGUUUUUGUUAAAACAAUACUUAAAAAAAAAACAAGUAUAGUGAGGAAAUAUCAAAUUUUAUAUUCCAUUUGUUAUAGUUCAUGUUACAUUGCUUUUAUCUAUCCAAUAUAAAUGUAUAAUAUAAGAGAGAAGUAUAAUUUUCGUAAUUUUUAAGUUUGAACAGAAGGAAAACAGUAUUGAAUACGUGUAUAGAUAGAAAUUAGUAUUGCUAUAAAUCAACGAAAUUACAUUCCGCAAACUAAAUUUGUGCUCGCUAAAAAUGUAUCAUUCGAUAUUAUUAUGAGUAUAUUGAAAACUUUGUUAAUGGAAUAAAUGAGAUGUUUUAAUUAUAUAUUAGUAAUGCAGUGUAUGUAUGUAAUUAAAAUUAAUAGAAGUUUUCAUAUUAUUUUCUGAUUUAUUGAUGAAGUAAAUUUUUGAUAGUUAUCUCUAUCGAGAUUUUUAUUCUUACCAAUUUUAUGAUUUAUAAUGAUUAAUAGUAGUUGAGCGAACUAACUUUGAUUAUGUUUUUGCUAUCGACACGAAUGAUUUUUCUUCUCUUCUUCUAUCCUAUUGAUAAGAUAAAGCAUAUCUCAUAAAUGUACCAUAAAACUGUCAUCUGACAUCAUAUGUGAAACUAUAUACUGAUGACUGAUGUAACAGUAAUUAUUAUUUGCAAAAAUUUUAUAAAUUAUAUUUACAGCUUCUAUCGCUUUACAUCAUGUUGGAAAUCUGUUUCAUGGAAUUAGCGGGUCUGUUAACGAAAAAUUAUUUACAUUUUGCAUUGAAGUAAAUUUCAACCGUUAUUUCAGUAAAUUUCUUCUUAAUAUUCGAAUGUAAACGAUUUGCGUUUAAAGUAUUUAUUAUUAUUUUUAUUACAAUUUUCUUCCACAGUGUAUAUAUAUAUAUAUAUA